AUGGAGAUUGCAAAUUCAGUUAAAGAGGCUAUAAAUUCAGUAGAAAAGGAUGCAAUUUCAAUAGAAAAGGCUGCAAUUUCAGUUGAAGAGGCUGCAAAUUCAAUUGAAGAACAUACAAAUAUCAAUCCUCAAGAUCAAAAAAUUCCUAAAGUUGGAAUGAAGUUUGAUUCAGAAGAAGACCUUUACAAUUACUUUAAAACAUAUGCAUUCCAUACUGGAUUUGGUAUACGAAAAUCUAGUACAAGAACAAAAGAUUCUUGUGCUAAAACAUACUAUUCGCUUGGAUGUGCUAAAGGAGGGGUAUAUGUGCCUAAAACAAGCAAACCAUAUAAAAAGUCUUCUAAAACAAACUGUAAAGCACAAAUUAGCGUAAUUGCAUAUAGUGAUGGAAGAUGUGUUAUCUCUAGUAUGUUUCUCGAACAUAAUCAUGCUUUAAGUCCCAAAAAAUCUCGUUUCCAACGAUCACAUAAGAAAAUGGAUUCAUAUGCUAAAAGAAGACUUAAAUUGAAUGAUUAUGCUAGAAUUCCAUUAAAUAAAUUUUUUCACUCGUUAGUUGUUGAAGCGAAAGGGUAUGAAAAUUUGCCUUUUGGCGAGACAGAUUGUAGAUCUUACAUCACAAAAGUAAGAUAUCUAAGACUUGGGCUUGGGGAUGCCAAGACACUUCGUAAUUAUUUUGUCUGUAUGCAAAAAAGGACUUCAAAUUUUUUCUAUGUGAUUGAUAUAGAUGAUGAAUGUCGUAUGCGAAAUAUAUUUUGGGUGGAUUCAAGGUCAAGGGCAACAUACGAGUCAUUCGAGGAUGCUAUUUCGUUUGAUAGCACAUAUUUGACUAACAAAUAUAAUAUGCCGUUUGCGCCUUUUGUUGGAGUAAAUCACCAUGGACAAUCUAUCUUAUCUGGAUGUGGUUGCUUUCACGAGAGGAUACAGAAACAUAUGUAUGGUUAUUCAAGUCAUGGUUAG